UUAUCUUCGGUUCCCCUAACAUCGGCGUCUCGUCUCUUCUCGUCAAUUCCCCCCGCUCUCUCCUCUCCCGUGUCUCGUCUCUUCUCUUCCUCCCAUUCUCUUGCGAAAACCUAAUUCCCUGCCGGGUUCUCGGGGUCCCGCUCUUCUCUCGUCUUAGAUUUUUUUUUCAUUCCUGAAGAUUUUUGGAAGCGGAUCCCUUCUUUCUUCCUGUCUUUUGAUUCCAUAAAGUCUAGGAGUUUUAUUUCGUGGUUUGGUGAUUGGGUAUUGGAAGGAGAUGGAGGAGCCCGGGCAGCUGAAGCGAGCGCUGAUAGAUGCUUUGGCUGGAGCGAUCUCUGGCGGGAUCUCCCGGACCGUGACGUCGCCACUGGAUGUGAUCAAGAUUAGGUUUCAGGUUCAAUUAGAGCCUACCUCCCAAUGGGCUUUACUUCAAAGGGAGUUAUAUGGACCUUCAAAAUAUACUGGGAUCUUGCAAGCAACUAAAGACAUUUUUCGAGAGGAAGGUUUGCCGGGUUUCUGGAGAGGAAAUGUUCCAGCUCUGCUUAUGUACAUGCCCUACACUGCUAUACAGUUUACAGUUUUGCACAAAUUAAAAACUUUUGCAGCAGGUUCAGCCAAAACAGAGGAUCACUUGCAGCUGAAUCCUUAUUUGUCUUAUGUAAGUGGGGCAUUAGCGGGAUGUGCAGCAACAGUAGGAUCAUAUCCUUUUGAUCUUCUGCGAACAAUUUUAGCAUCACAGGGUGAGCCAAAGGUGUAUUCCACCAUGAGAGCUGCAUUUUUUGACAUCAUUAAAACUCGUGGAAUACAAGGACUAUAUGCUGGGUUGUCGCCAACACUAGUUGAAAUUAUUCCUUAUGCUGGCCUGCAGUUUGGCACAUAUGACACAUUCAAGCGAUGGAUGAUGGAAUGGAAUAAGUCUAGAUUUUCCCAUCUUAGCUCAAUUAGGCCAGAUGAUUCUCCUUCAAGUUUCCAGCUAUUUCUCUGUGGGUUUGCUGCUGGAACAUGUGCUAAAGCUGUCUGUCACCCUCUCGAUGUGGUGAAGAAGAGGUUCCAGUUUGAUGACUAUUGCCUGGUUGAAGGACAUGCGCUAGAAAUAGAAAUGCUUGAUUACCUGUGCAAGAACAUCAGAUGGGUAGCAGGACAGGGUAGGGCAGCCUGUUUACCUGUUUCCGCCAAUGCUAUGAUGGAGAAGUGGACUAACCAAGUUUAUGGGACUUCUAUCGGUCAUAUAUAGUUGCAGUGUUUACCUUGUUCUAUGCAGCUGCUAUCCAUUAUAAAAAUCAGAUUCCCUUAUAAGUUGAUUAACCUUCAAUUUAUAGGUGCUUCACGUAGAAAGUUGUCCAGUUCAUAUAACCAAAAUCAACAUGAAUAGUGGAUUUUGCACAAAAAACCACUUUAAUUUCUGAUUCUGCUAGGAAAGAUCCUUCUUUUGGCACAAUGAUUAACUCUAGUACAGGGUUGACCAUGAUGUAAACAAAUUGGAUUGGAUACUCAAAAUUGUAUUUAGUCAAUGUGUAUCAGAUGUUCAUUAAAUGGUUAUUACCCACAUCAUACUUGAUCCAACGACAUCCAUGGACUCCUAAAUGUGUAUCACUUUGCCCACAAACAAGAAAAAAGAAAAAAAGAAAAACACACCAACCUUUCUGGCAAGAUCAAUAAUGAAGUGGAUGAAAGUUGGUGUUGUCAUGUGAAUCUUCGUUAUGCCUAUUAGUAUUCUCAUGUAAUUUUCUAUCCUUUUUAUUUUAUCGACAGAAGUAUUUGCAAAUGAUCAUUAUUGGCUGUUUGAACUGAUGGAUGGUAGAUAUUCAUUGAUUCAGAGACAACUCUGUGGCUAUGUUGGGUGAAACCCAGUCAGUGAUUGUUCACCCAUGGCACUAUUUGAUAUUCCAGUUGCUGCAUAUUUUUCCCACUUCCUUGACCGAUGUACUUAUAAUAUGUGUGCAACUUCUGUUCGCUAAAAUGCAGAUAGAAGGACUUCGGAGGCACCCGAAGUAUGGAGCACCAGUAGAGAGCCGCACUUACAAGAACAUGUACCAUGCCCUCAAACAAAUCUUGCAGACAGAGGGGUGGGCUGGUCUCUAUAAAGGCAUCUUCCCUUCCCUGGUAAAAUCUGCGCCAGCUGGUGCUGUCACCUUCGUGGCAUACGAAUACACAUCUGACUGGUUAGAAUCUGUGUUGACGUGAAUUGGAUAUUGAUAUUUUUGGUUAAUUUUUUGGUUCUUCAUCCAUUUUUUUUUUCUUUUCAUUGUAACCUAGCUCAAUUUAAGAUUAUCUUGCUGUACAACUUAUGAUCAGCUAGUUUCAGAUGCACUGUUGUGAUUUUGCCAGUCCUUGCAAUUAGGAUUCAGGGUUUGGCAAAUCCUCAGUGCUGACCAACUUAAUCAUGCUUAUAUUCGCAGUUGCCCUGACAAAGUCUAGGGAAUUGUAACAUGAGAGCACUACAUGAAGAAAUUAUAGAUGACAAAUUUUUGGAUCUGGAA